AUGCCAAUGCAUAAAUAUACGAAGGCUGACGUCCGAGGACCCAGUUUUCGAGUUGUGAGGACAAAAUCUGAGACAGCCUCCUCAGCGGAAGCUGUAUCUUACUUGGUUCUGUUAUUAUGUAUUGUCAUUAUUAUUAUGAUUAUUAUUGUUAUUAUUAUUAUUAUUAUAUUAUUAUUAUUAUUAUUAUUAUUAUUAUUAUUAUUAUUAUUAUUAUUAUUAUUAUUAUUAUUAUUAUUAUUAUUAUUAUUAUUAUUAUUGAAUAUUAUUUAA